AUGACACGGUGGUUCCGUAGCUUUUUCCUCGCAGCCGUCCUUGCUGUAAUCCCAUCAGUCGCUGAGAUCCCCGAUAUAGAAGAGUGUGAGGAUCCAGCCUUGCAGUUGAGUCAGCUCCGUGCUACCGCGAAAUCCACAGAGGCGAAGGAGCCCAAUGAGACACAGUCGACUCUGUCGGAGGAUGAUAUUUUGGAGGCCUUCAUGGCAGCUCAACCAGACUACAACGACACCGAAGCCUCCGACUCGUCCCUGCCGACCUUGAAAUCCGGUGGUCACCACGGCAUCCGGCAUGCAGGAAACAUCCGGACCCUGUACCAUCAGACCAGCAGCUGGGCCGGAGACCAAAUCCUCAAGAAUGGUGCCGAUCAGUUCCAAAAUGACCCAAGCUUCCGCCGCGGCCACAUUGGCUUUUGCGGCGGCGGAAUCUACUUUGCCUUGAGCCCACAGGCCACCUACGGAAAAGCCGUGGGCGUCGACUCCAACCAUGGAUUCAUCAUUGAGGCCCGAGUAGAUCUGGGCCGAGUCCACACCAAGGGCUUCACCUGCACCACAUCGGUGAGCUGUUGGGCCAAGCCGCUGAAGCAGACCAUUCAGUGCUUGGACCGAGGUUUUCACGGUGGUCAUUGGCAAAAUGAAGGAUAUGACUCGAUCCUCUUCAACCCAGGCGAUGGAGGUGAAUACAUGAUUUGGGACAAGAACCGCGUGUUGAGUAUGCGCCGUGUGUGA